AUGGUUUAUGAUAUUCAAAAUAAUCAUACCAUUUAUGUUAUCAAUAACGUUAUCAAUAGAUUUUUAUACUGUGGUGAAACAAUUUUGGAUCUUUUGGUUGCUUCGGAUGAAUUUGGUCUUACAAAACUUAUUGAUCAUAUUCAACAAUAUUUUGUUGAAAAUCAGAAAAAUUUUUUACAACAAAAUCCUGUAGGAACGCUUCAUAUUGCUGCUCGUCAUGAAACCUUUAAUGAGAUUUUAAACAAUGGAUAUUAUCCCAAUAUUGGCAUUCCAAAUGGUAAACAAAUUGAGGAUUAUGAAGUGUUUCAAGUAAUUUCUAGAAACUGUAUUGUAAAUGAUGAUAUUUUUAGGCUGUACCCUAAUUAUUAG